ACUGCCUUCCUGGGUGUGGAAACCAGACCAAGACGCGAGGAGUGAAGCAGGUUCCUACAAGAUAAGUGUGACGGGACCGUAAAAAGCCAGCAGAGCCCGUCGCCUCGUCUCCCUCCAUCAUGUCUUCGUCAAAGCCGGAGGAUCAGCUGGCUCUGGAGCUGACCUGCCCCAUCUGCCUCCAGCUCUACUCCGACCCGGUCGUCCUCCCCUGUGGACACAACUACUGCCGCGCCUGCAUCUGCAGGACUGCGCGGAUCUACGGCGACGGCGUCCAGUGUCCGGAGUGCCGCGAGGAGUUUCAGGGCGUGGAGUCGCUGCAGAAGAACUUCAAACUCUCCAGCAUCGUGGAAGGCUACCGGGCCGCGGCGGCGCUGCAGGGCCCGCGGGCCGACACUCAGCCCGAGGUGUCCUGCGACCACUGCAUAGACGAGAGGACGCCGGCCGUGAGGGUCUGCCUGAAGUGCCAGGUGUCGCUGUGCUGCAGGCACCUGCAGAAGCACCACGAGAGGGAGGCGUUCAGGGACCACCCGCUGGUGGAGCCCCUGAACGAGCUGGAGGUGAAGGGCUGCGUGGCCCACCGGCGCCCCCUGGAGUACUUCUGCUCCAACGACGCCUCCUCGCUGUGCGCCACGUGCGUGACGGAGGGCCGGCACCAGGACCACGACGUCCUGGCCUUCAGCCUGGCCGAGGAGGAGACGCGGCGCUCGCUGGAGGCGCGCAGCAAGGUGAUUUCCGGGAAGCUGCUGAUGACACAGAGUCUCCUCCAGAAAACAGUGGAGGAGCAGGCGGCCAGCGAAGCGCUGACAGACAGGGUGGUCAGUGGGGCUCUGAGAGUGGUGGACGUGAUGGCCGAGCUGAUGAACGGGUACAGGGAGCGUCUGCACGAGCGGCUGGAGCGGGAGGGGAACCAGCACAAAAAGAGCUGGCGGCAUGAGGUGAGUGAGCUGGAGGAGCAACAGCAGCGGCUGCUGGAGGCGGAGCGAGAUGCCACGCGGGCCCUCAGUGAGACGGACGCCUUUGCCUUCAUGCACAGGUACACACGGAUUCAACAUAAGCUGAGAGACGCAGCCACAGGCAGCGUUCCCCCCAAAGUCCCCUCAGUGGCGCCGCUGGACAUUAACGCCCUCCAGUCGGGCCUCAAAACCCAAGAGUUCCACUCAGACAUGACUCGGCUGCUGCAUUCCCUCCACGUCCUCCUCCACCCCCUGGACCUCUCCUUCAGCCUGUGCACCGCUCACCCCAACCUCAUACUGUCCAACGAUCUGCGCACGGUCAAGUACAGCUCCAGCAAGCAGCCGUACCUGGAGCACCCGGAGCGCUUCACCUCCGCGCCCCAGGUCAUGUGCAGCCAGGAGUUCUCCAGCGGGGAGCACGCGUGGGUGGUGGAGGUGGGGCCCAGCAGCACGUGGUCGCUGGGCGUGUGCUACAGGAGCAUCCCUCGCCGUGGCGACAGCAGCCGCCUGGGCCACAACUCCAUGUCCUGGAGGCUGCAGUGCAAGAGCGGCAAGCUGACGGCCUGCCACGCGUCCUCCAGUGUGAACGUGGGGGAGCUCAUCGCGUGUCUGCUGCGGGUCGAGAUAGAACUGAAUUACGAGGCGGGGACGCUGGCGUUCCACAGCACCAAAGGGAAAAAGGAGCGCCUCUACAUCUUCAGGACGGUGUUUAAGGAGCCGGUUUACCCAGUGUUCAGCAUCCACUCGAACUCACCAGAGUCCUGGAUCACGCUGCACACUGGGAUGUGAGUGCUUAUGUUUCCAUUCAGGAGCAUAAAUGUCAUUUAAUGAAUAAAUUUCUACUGUACGACUUCAUGAUUAGUGUGGUUUGGUAGACUUUGUGUUUUAUGAAUGCAUUGUGGUAGCCUUUCAAUAUGCUGUUAUUUUUCUUAAAAACUAAAAAUGAAAUGAAAAUGAAGGAAUGUAUUUGUGGGCUUUUUACCUGACUUUAAUUUUAAUAACUUACUUAAAUACUCGUAUAAAUAACUGUAUCAAUUAUGUGUUUAAUGGUACAAAUAAACACUGACGAUAAAGUGUGUCUG